CAUGUUCCAGUCCAUAGGCGAACGUCUCAACGUCUUCAUCACUUUUCUUAUGCGUCACUGCAAACGCUGUAUGAAAUUGCGUAAUCAGGAAGUUUCGCAGACCAACUUAAUUAUCGUAGGCCUAAACCUAUGCUUAGUCGUUCUCACUACGGGUGCCGUAGCCUAUUCGUAUUACGAGGAAUGGAGCUAUUUGAACAGUUUCUAUUAUUGUUUUAUAACUUUAACUACAAUCGGUUUCGGGGAUUAUGUGGCUCUACAAAAGAAUUCCGUAUUGCAAACUAAACCUGAAUAUGUAGCAUUUUCAUUAAUAUUUAUACUGUUCGGCUUGACAGUAGUUGGAGCUGCCAUGAAUCUACUAGUAUUGAGAUUUCUAACUAUGAACACGGAAGAUGAACGACGAGAGGAGCUGGAGGCCGCCGCCGCUGCUCGAACAGCUGUCCGAUUAGACGGCGAUGUCAUAACAGCAAACGGUAGCAUAAUUUCCGGUCAACACGAACGGCCGGAAUAUGUAGAUGAUACAAUAAGUGUCUGUUCCUGCUCUUGCUACGCUUUCCGAGAUCGUAGCAUAACAGCGAAAAGACGUUAUACAGUUAGAAGAUCCCCAUCCCAAAUAACUCGUUUAGUUCGAGCCAUACCAGUCUGCCAGGAUGACGACGUCGAAGCGAUCGGCAAUCCCGAAACGAACUCGAUGCUAAACUAUUUGCGCAAUAAACGCGCUUCCAUCUAG